AUGGCCUCCAACAAGACCAUGGGCCACACGGCCGACCCCAUCGUCACCCGCCUCGUCGAAGAGGACAAGGUGCCGUGGUACAAGAAGCCCAACUUGCGCGUCAUGUACGUGUGGCUCUUCAUCUGCUGCAUGGGUGUCGAGAUCACCUCGGGCUUCGACUCGCAGCUGCUCAACACGCUGCAGUACUCGGACACGUUCAACAGAUACUUUGGCGACGGCUACAUUAAUCCCAAGACCAAUAAGGUCGAUAUCAACCCCAGCCUUUUGGGCUUCAUGAACGCCUGCUACCAGCUCGGUACCAUCUUCGCCGUCCCCAUCGCCCCCUGGCUGAACAACAAAUUCGGUCGCCGGUGGUCCAUCAUGUCUGGAUCUCUCAUCAUGAUGGUUGGCGCUCUUAUCCAGGGAUUCGCCCAGCACGUCGCCAUGUACAUCAUUGCGCGUAUAAUCCUGGGUGUCGGCAUUCUCUUUGCCAUCAUCGGCGGCUCUGCCUUGAUCGGAGAACUGGCCCACCCCAAGGAGCGUGCUAUUCUGACGUCGUUCUUCAAUGCUUCCUACUUCCUGGGCGCCAUCCUUGCUGCUGGCAUCGCCCUGGGUACGGUUACGAUCGAUGGCGACUGGGCCUGGAGACUCCCGUCUCUCCUCCAGAUCGCGCCGUCAGUCUUGCAGGUUGCCACUGUCUUCCUCCUCCCUGAAAGCCCACGUUGGCUGGUCAGCAAGGGCCGCGACGAUGAGGCCAUGGCGAUCUUGGUCAAGUACCACGGCGAGGGCGAUGCCGACUCGCUGCUCGUCAAGGCUGAGAUGGAGCAGAUCCGGACUACGAUCAAGCUCGAGAUGGAGAGCGCCAAGCAGACAUGGUGGUCCGCCGUCUCCGCACCUGGAAUGCGCCGCCGCACCGUCGUCUCCAUCUUCCUUGGUCUCUUCACCCAGCUGUCUGGUAACUCCCUCCUGUCCUACUACUCGAACCUGCUCUACGAGAUGAUGGGCUACACCAACUCCUACGCCAAGACCCGUAUCAACAUCGCCAACCAGUGCUGGUCCCUGCUCACCGCUGUCAUCAUCGCCAUCUACGUCACGAGGUUCAAGCGCCGCAUCGCCUUUAUGACGUCCGCUGGUCUCAUGCUCCUGGUCUAUAUCGGCAUGACGGUCUCUUUCUACAGCCUUCAGGUCGCCAAGGACAACAACACGACCAACCCUUCGGCGGGCAUUGCGGCUCUGUUCUUCUACUUCUCCUGGCAGCCCACCUACAACAUCGGCAACAACGCCCUGACCUACACCUACCUGCUCGAGCUCUGGCCCUACGGACAGCGCAAUCGCGGUAUCGGCAUCCAGCAGAUGUUCGGCAAGUGCGGCCUCUUCUUCUCCAACAACGUUAACCCGUACGCCCUCACCGCCAUUGGCUGGAAGUACAUGGCCAUCUAUUGUGGCUGGAUUGCGUUUGAGGGCAUCAUCGUGUUCUUCCUGUACCCGGAGACCCAGGGCCGCACCCUCGAGGAGCUUGCUUUCCUGUUCGAGAGCGAUGAGCUCAACAACAGGGCCACCGCGGCCGUCGAGAAGCGCAUCCACGGCGACGAGAUCAACCCGACCGUCAGCAUCGAGGAGAAGCGCACGGAUGUCUAAUCUAGUUCCUUUCGUGAUCCCACCUCGGAUGACGUGGAAAGCAGGACGACAUCUGCGGGUGUCGUCAGUUUGAUAUCGUAUAUUUGGAAACUAAUGCGGUGGGGGCGGGUUGGUGGAAAGCUUUCGUGUUUUGCCAUGAUAACUCCAUCUCACAUACUUUCAGAAUGAUCAAACCCUAUGCCUUCUGGA